GAAAGUUUUUUGCCUUGCAUGUGACGAGCAAUGGACGAGGCGCUCCUUGGCGAGCGAGGAAUCCAAGCUCGCGCGAGCCGAUCUCUCAUGGAUUCCAAGCGACCGAGGAUUUUCACUGUUCUUGGCGUGCUUGUCGCUGCUGUUUCUACCAUCGCGAUCGUGGUUCUUGGUGUCAAGAUCAUCGAUGCGAGGGACUCUCUGGCGCCAUCGCCAAUACGAUCGCUAGCGAGCGCCGGCGGCGGCCAGAUCUGCGAGGCGGACAAUGGCGUCGUGGCGUCGGACGACGAGCGCUGCUCCAUCGUCGGAAGGGAUGCGCUUGCCCGGGGCGGCCAUGCGGUCGACGCUGCCGUGGCCACGGCCGUUUGCGAGGGCGUCGUCAAUCCCAUGUCCAGUGGCAUUGGCGGCGGCGCGUUCUUGCUCCUGCGACUCGCCAAUGGCUCCGCCAUCGCCUAUGACAUGCGCGAGACCGCCCCAGCCGCGGCAUCCAAGGACAUGUACGCAAAGAACCCAUCCUCUAAAGUCGAUGGUGCUUUGUCCGCGGGAGUUCCUGGCGAGCUCGCUGGACUCCACCUCGCGUGGCAGCACUUUGGAAGGCUGCCCUGGAAAUCGCUCUUCGAGCCGGCCAUCAAGCUAGCCCGGGAUGGAUUCGUGGUAACAGCUUACCUGGAAUUUGAGAUUGCUCAGAGUCUCAAGGGGAUUCUAGCCCACAGAACGCUUCGACAGUUCCUCUCGCCGAAUGGGAAGCUGGUGAAAGCUGGUGAUGUUCUUCGCAACGAGGAGCUGGCCAGGACGCUGGAGCUGAUUGCCAACGAAGGGCCGGGUGUUCUCUACGGUGGUGUUAUCGGCGAGAAGCUAGCAGCGGACGUCCAAGCAGCUGGAGGAAUUAUCACGAUUGACGACUUGCGAGACUACGAAACUGCCGUUAGAGAAGCUGUGACAAGCGAUGUUAUGGGACUCACUGUUCUUGGAAUGCCUCCUCCAUCUUCGGGAGGGGCUACGCUAGCACUGGUGUUUAAUAUCCUCUCCAACUUUGACGAUCUCGCUUCUGUGCCGGAUGAUUUAUUCUACCACCGGCUCGUCGAGGCUUUCAAGCACGCCUACGCGGUGCGAAUGAACCUUGGAGAUCCGGGCUUUGCCAACAUCUCGCGUGUAAUGCAAGACAUGCUUUCUCCCGACUUUGCCGUGAAGCUUUACACGUCUAUUCUGGAUAACACAACCUUUGGGCCAGAGCACUAUGGAAGCAAAUGGAACCAACUGGUUGAUCACGGCACUUGCCAUUUUGGAAUCAUCGACCAGGAUCGGAAUGCGUUGUCAAUGACUACCACGGUGAACUGGCGAUUUGGAUCCAUGCUGCUUUCGAAAUCCACGGGUAUCUUGCUGAACAACGAAAUGAACGAUUUUGCUGUUCCGAAAGCCGUGGUGCGAGGCGAAUUUCCUCCGGCCGAAGUGAACUUCGUCGCCCCCAACAAGAGACCACUUUCAUCCAUGUCCCCCACUAUAGUUUUGCAGGAUGGACAGCUGAGAGCCGUGCUAGGGGCAAGCGGCGGCAUUAAAAUCAUCACUGGCGUUGCUCAAGUCUUUCUAAACUAUUUCGUUCGUGGCAAGGACGCCUUGCAUUCGGUCACGACUCCGCGCGUCCACCACCAGCUUGUCCCAAACGAGGUCGAAUGCGAGGACUGGACGCUGGUAACAAACGAGCUCGUGGAAGUUCCAGAGGUGAUCAGAGAUGGAUUGUCAGCGAGGCAGCACAAGGUUGUGGAGACGACAGGCUACUGCGUCACGCAGCUCGUCCUCCACGAUCUUCACGUCCCGGCCAUAAAUCACAAGCCCUCUCUUAAUAACAGCACUGUCUACUUUGGGAGGAUCACUGGCGUCAGUGACUACAGGAAGCAUGGGUCCCCCGCGGGUUUCUAGAAAAUUAAAAGUUAUUUAUUGUCUAGAAAUAUAUUUUUUAUUUUUAAAGUAUCCUCAGACUAAUGGAGAAAUAUAUUUGCCUUUACGCAA